AAGUGCUGGAGGAGAGGAGGAGGGCGCAAAGGCUGCACCGACAUGUCCCAUCACUGCUUGCUCACAGCAGAAAAUCUUUUCACCUGCCAGGAGCUAUCACUAGACAAGGCAACACUGGAUGUUUUUUGACCCUGAAAAUGAACUUUAGGAGGAUUUUCCUAAUCAAGUGCUUGCUGCUUUUAUUUCCCAGUGUAAAAUGCUCCAGCACCAGCUGGAUUUACAAGGCAGUGAAUGAGACAGCUCUUCUCGGCAUCACUGUUCCUGGGAGCAUCUACGAGGCAACAUGGUGGAGAGGGGGACAAAGGCUGGUUCAGGUCAAAGAUAACAAAACUAAGCACUUUGCCAACAAGGAGCAGUGCAGGUGUGCCAUACUCCGAAACGGAACGCUGCAAAUCCAGCGUGUGGAGAAGGAGGACAGUGGAAACUACAUGGUCAUGGUUUAUCAGCAGGAUGGAAAACUGAAGGCAGAAGAAAAUAUAAUGUUCUUUGUUCAGGAACCUGUCCCUCAGCCAAUCCUCAUCGCUGAAUGCAGGAAUAAAAGUGUAUCUGUCAAGUGUGAAGCCAAACAGAAGGCCAAGGAUGAAGUAUUUACAAUACAACUGACCCAACCCAAUGGCAAAAAAAUCCAAAAGAAUGCAACAAUGCUGGAAUGGCACGGGUGGAAUUCUGGGACGUUCCGAUGCGUUGCUAAGAACCAAGUCAGUGAAAAAAUGGCUGAAAAAGUAAUUAACUGCUCAGGCAAGAUGGACUUUUAUCUCAUCUUAAGCAUAGCAGGAGGUGCAGUCUUCUUUGUCAUCUUUGUGAUUUGUCUUAUUUAUUGUAUCAGAAGGAAGAAAACAAAAAGGAAUGAAAUUUAUGACGAGGAGCGAGCGAUGCAGACUCUGCCCAUGGACCGUGAGAGGGAGAUGCGGGAGCUGCCUCCGGCUCCAUCCAAGCCCACCCCGAAGCAGCUGCGAGUGCAGCAGCGGCCGCUGCCCCCGCAGCCCCAGGAGCCUCAGCAGCCACGGCCCCAGCCACGGCCCCGCGCACAGCCACGGACUCCAAACCCCCCGAGACAAAGGCCCUGAGCAGACAUCCUGGGAGGAGGGAUGCUGGUCUCUCUGCUCCACCAUUUGCUGGGAAAAGAAAGUUGGUGACAGCCAGGAGCCCCUCCUGCCCAGCCCUACGUAAUGCUCAGCUAUGUAAAGGCAGCUUUCCCUGCAGAAAAUUAGAGAGAGCAUCAAGUGGAGACGAGGAGACUCAAGGUGAUGGGCAUUCAUCCCUGUGGCCAUUUUUCCAUCAUGUUAGGAUAUGGAUAUGGAGCACUGAGCCCUGAAACCUCUGUCUUUCUGUGGUUCACUUGCUUUUACUGCACCUUGUUGUCUUCAUGCUUUUUGGAUGGUUUUCACCAAGAGGAAGCUAAAGCUCUACUGAGACAAAACGGACCUGCGGAUCUUACAGGGUUUCAUCUCCUGCUACACAUUAGGACAGCUCUCUGGCUUCAGCAUCAAAUACGUGGCCUCCUGGACCAAAAAUUAGUUGUAUGUAAUGAAAUAUUUGUCUGAAGUUGAAAGGAUUUGCGUCAUAUAAUGCAGAGAAGAAAAUACUGAAAGGAUGUGUGAGAACCUUGAAGGACCUGUGUUGGAAAAAAGACAAAAGGGAAAGGGAG